UUUCCUUCUCACAUCUCGUCCGAGGCUUGCGGGAGGAAGACGGACGCACUCAGAGUGGCUCCGCACAUCGCAAGAGGAGGAGAGCGAGAAGGAUGCUCCAGUAGCAGUGAUAUCUACUCUUACUUUCUCGUUGAGACCCCUAGAAAGAGCCCCUUCUUAUCGUCAAUCUAACUGUGGAUGAAAAUUAAACAAAAAGGGGGGAUUGCCACAAACUGGACUGGACCACCAGGCUGCGGAUGUUUUAUUUCUUGACUGUAGAAGGAUUUUUUAAAUCUCGCUUGGGACACGCGCGGACUCACUGAGGCUGAUUGCCGUGUAGAUGGGAGUUUCAUUGGAUGUGACGCCAGUAAUGAGCUAAAGGCUCGGAGGAUCGGAGGAGUAGAAGGAGAGGAAGAUUGGCUGGCGUGAACUCCCACUCCCAACAUUCCCUUCGCCAAAUAGGAAGUCACCUCAGUGGGGGCUGAGCUCCACUGAGUGGAACCACAGACGGAGAGGAGGUCGGACUUGAUGAUAACAACCAUGAUCAUGAUGUUGAGAAUCAUCCUAGUAUUGGCAGGAAUCUGCGCCCUUUGUAGCCUGGCGACUGCCAGCCGGAGAAAACACGAGGCCGUGGAUCAUCACUCCCGCAGACACAGACAUGCAGGUCACACGUCGCUGCACAGACACAGGCCCCGGGUGGGCAAGGAGGGUCAGGUGCUGCACAGGUCCAAACGAGGUUGGGUGUGGAAUCAGUUCUUUGUUAUUGAGGAAUACACCGGACCCGAUCCUGUUCUUGUGGGAAGGCUUCAUUCCGAUGUGGACUCUGGCAACGGCAACAUCAAGUACAUCCUGUCGGGCGAGGGUGCGGGCACCAUCUUCGUUAUCGAUGACAAGACAGGCAACAUACACGCCACGAAGACGUUGGAUCGUGAGGAGCAGGCUCAGUACACGUUGACGGCGCAGGCAGUUGCACGGGACACCAACAAGCCUCUGGAGCCGCCUUCCGAGUUCAUCGUCAAGGUGCAGGACAUCAACGACAACCCGCCAGAGUUCUUGCAUGGGCCCUACUAUGCUAGGGUGCCCGAGAUGUCAAACGUCGGUACGUCAGUGAUGCAGGUGACGGCCACCGAUGCCGAUGACCCUACAUAUGGAAACAGCGCCCGGCUGGUGUACAGCAUCCUGCAAGGACAGCCAUACUUCUCAGUGGAGCCUCAGACAGGUAUCAUUCGCACUGCGCUGCCCAACAUGGACCGCGAGGCCCGGCAGGAGUACGACGUGGUGAUCCAGGCUAAGGACAUGGGAGGCCACAUGGGCGGGCUGUCUGGAACCACUGAGGUCAAAAUCACACUCACCGAUGUCAACGACAACCCACCAAAGUUCCCACAGAGUGUGUAUCCCAUGUCCGUUUCCGAAGACAAAGUGGAGGGUGAGGAGGUGGGCCGUUUGAAGGCCAAGGACCCCGACAUGGGAGACAACGGGCUGGUCAACUACCGCCUGACAGACGGCGACGGCUUGGGAAUGUUCGAACUCAGCACAGACUCUGAGACCAGGGAGGCCGUCAUCAAGCUCAAAAAGCGUGUGGAUUUUGAGACCAAGAGGUCAUACACGUUGAAGGUUGAGGGGUACAACGUGCAUGUGGACCCUCAAUACCUGGCCUGGGGGCCUUACAAGGACGAGGCCACGAUAAAGAUUUCAGUGGAGGAUGCUGAUGAGCCGCCCGUAUUUGUGGCACCUAUGUAUACUUUCGAGGUGGAGGAAAACGCCCCAGCUGGCACUCAGGUGGGCCGCGUCCACGCCAAGGACACGGAUGUUGCCAACAAUCCAGUCAGGUACAUGAUUCCACGUUACACGGACGUGGAGCAGUUCUUUAGUGUCAACUCUGAAGACGGCAUGAUCACCACUACCAGACCUCUGGAUCGAGAGACUCAGGCCUGGCACAACAUCUCUGUGUCGGCCACUGAGAUAGGAGGCCACCACCAAGACACCAAAGUGCGUGUGAACAUCAAAGUGAAAGACACAAACGACAAUGCUCCGGAGUUUGCCACCAACAAUGAAGUCCUUAUGUGUGAAAGUGUUGCACCAGGAAAGGUUAUCGAAACAGUCAGCGCAGCAGACAAAGACGAGAUGGUCCACCGUCAACACUUUUCCUUCAGCCUGGCUCCCGAGGUAGCCCAUAACCACAACUUCUCCCUCAAAGACAACCGAGACAGCACGGCUAGCAUCUAUGUGCUGCGCAAGGGUUUCAGCCGGCUAACACAGGACGUCUACUUCCUGCCAGUGGAGAUCAACGACAACGGCGUUCCAGCCAUGAGCAGCACCGGCACACUGACGGUGCGCGUGUGCUCCUGUGACAGCAGGGACACCAUCUUGUCGUGUAACGUGGAACCCUACGUGCUGCCCGCUGGCCUCAGCACAGGAGCACUUAUCGCCAUCCUCGCAUGCAUUGUCAUCCUACUAGUCAUCGUGGUUUUGUUUGUGGCGCUGCGGCGUCAAAAGAAAGAGCCUCUGAUCGUGUUUGAGGAGGAGGACAUCCGAGAGAAUAUCAUUACCUACGACGACGAGGGCGGCGGAGAGGAAGACACAGAGGCCUUCGACAUCGCCACACUGCAGAAUCCAGAUGGUGCCAAUGGCUUCCAUCCGAGGAAAGAUAUGAAGCCAGAGCUCCAGUUCCCCCUGCGUCCCGGCGGCCACCCGGCAGCCAACAGCGUGGACGUGGACGACUUCAUCAAGACACGCGUGGCUGAGGCCGACAGCGACCCCACGGCACCGCCCUACGACUCCAUCCAGAUCUACGGCUACGAGGGUCGCGGUUCUUUGGCCGGCUCACUUAGCUCCCUGGAGUCGGUCACCACUGAGUCGGACCUCGAUUAUGACUAUCUGCACAGCUGGGGUCCACGCUUCAAGAGGCUGGCCGAUUUAUAUGGCACCAAAGACUGCUCCAUUCAUGACGGCGACGAUGAUGAGGACUGUUAACGGUGGACCCCCCCCUCCCAAAAUAAAAACAAAUUCCGAUGAUUCCAUGAGGAUUUUUACUCUGACGCCUUCCCAACUUUCUCCUUUUCCUCCCGAGUAACCAAUGCUGAGCGCUCUCGACAUUACUUCUUACAGACCGCGGCAGAAUCGGGCGGGAAAAAUGUAUUACGUCACCCUUGUGUGUUUGGAAUUUACUUAGCGCAAAAAAAACUGUUUAGCUGAAGUUAGAGAUUGUGUACACUUUUGUGGACUGGAUUCACAAACAUUCUCGAGGUUUUUCUCCCUAGACGGGGUCCUCCGCAUCACCGUCCGAGUUGGAUCGGUGGUCCCGCCGUUUGUUGUUGCUGUGCGAUACCGCUUAGGACUCUGGGUUGUUGAUACUGUCUUGGCAGUACGGUGGCCUUAAAAUAAAUCAACAACAACUCCGGAGACCAAAACACAAAACAAAUAUGACAGUAAGACUCUUUGCUAGCUACAAAAACAAGGAGUGUAGCUCUGUAAUAGAAAAAAAAAGAGAGAAAAAUACAAGACGGACCUGAUUGGACAUACAAAACUGUGGAAUUUGUUCCGAUCUUUUGAUCCUGUGUCCUAUCAAUCACAUCCGCCUUGGGUUGCAAAGGGGUAGAACAUUUUUUUGUCAAUUUCUGGUAAAUUUCCAUGGGAAGUUGUGUGGAGAUUGUGGAUUUCCUUCAAAUUAGAAACACUUAGCAUAAAUUUUAAUAUUUCGUUAUGCCAAAAAGCAUACAGCCGUAAAAAAUUGAUAGCUCUCCCUUCACGCCUGCAAGUACCUUAACAUCCAACCUUUGAUUUUGUGUUCCCAUGAAUUCCCGUGGAAAGUUUCCAACUUCCCUACUGCAACCCUACUUCAGCCAAUGAUGAUCAAUCAUACUCGAGUCAAAACCUGUGAGAUCUUAAAUAUCGCCUUAACGGACACUCGCAGUGCAUUCUGUCUAUCCAUUGUUUGUUCUUGUUUGUUUUUGUUGUUUUCAAGUAAAAAAAGCAAGCUAGCUAGCCUCCACGUUUGCAGAGAAUGUGCAAAGCGAGUGGCGCCUUCCACUCGUCGGAAAAACAAACAAGAUGUGAUGUUUUUUCGGGACGGCCAGGCGACAUCUGUUGCAUCAACACAUGUUGCACACAAUUCCGAAAAACAUUUGCCCAGCCAGGACAUCUUUUUUUUAAGUGGGUUGACAUCUUUUUUUUAAUUAAUGUAUUAUCAUAAUUAUUAUCAGUUUCUUUUUUUAUCAGUAUUAUCAUUGUUAUUAUUAUUAUUAUUAUUAUUAUGACAGUUGUUAUUUCUUUGGCGAUGCGUGUAUAGCGCUUUAACCGUUUGGUGGCAAAAAAGUUAAGCGCCGUCAAAUGACAAUGUGGUUUUUGUUUUAUUUUGUUUCUUCAGUUUUUUUUUUUUUUUUAAUUGUUCUUGUUUUCCGUCAUUUUUGGGGGGCGUUUCAUCGUGUUUUCUCAGCACCCGCGAAGAAUACGGUGAAGCGACCUUUAUAUUGCUGGAGAGAAAACGCCUGGUUUUUAUUCUUCUGUCGAGUUUUAUGGUACCAGUUUGUACAAUUUUAAAAGUUCUUAUUUUUUAGUAUACAUGCAGAGUAUUCCAGUAUUACGACAAAAAACAUGUUAAGAAAAAAAUUAAUAAUAAAAUGAUUCCGCAUCACACUUAUAUUUUCUGAACAUUGUACCGUUGCUUUACUAUGUGCUUCAAUCUACGAAGCGAAAAAAAAACAAACUUUGAAAUAAAUGCUCUUUUUAUAAAGUGUGAA